CAUUAAUUAUCGUAAUCAUUAAUCAUCAGAAUCAUGACGUCAAAAUGUAGAACACAGUCAUGUUGACGUCAUAAUAGUUCUCAGUUCAAUCAUCACCAUUGCUGUAUUUUGUGUACGGGGCGUGUUGUAUUUUAAAAACGCUUUUAACAUUUCCAUUACUUAAUAUCUACUGAUAUCUUAAAUUGGCAUUAGAUUACACAGCGACUGGUCGACACACGUAUCACGUAAUUCUAUAACGUUUUUUGCGUUGCCAUGACAAUAAUGGUAGGCAACGUAGGAUGAAUAAUGAAGGUCAGGAAUAAAACAACUCAGAUCUUUUACAUAAGAAAAAUUUCAAAUAUUAAAGAAUGUAGCGGGUGGGCCACAUUAGGUUAGAAAAAUUCAAAACAUGUUCAACAAAGGCUUUUUGAACUCUUAACUUCCAUAAUUAACGCAGCUCUUAGUUUGAAAGUUAAAAAGACCUUGUAGACAAAUAUUACAUACUUAUAAGUGUAUACAGCCAUGAAGACAAAUAAACCUUUCACCUGCUUUGCUGCUGUUUAUUCCAAAAAAAUUUUUAAAAUGUCUAUCAAAUUCAACAACGAACUUUCUUACCAACAACCGAAGCACGAACGCAAUAGGACACCAUCCAGUGUUUAUGGUGUAGGAUUAUCCUUAUCAAGUUUCAAGUUUAAUUCGUCGAAUUUAACAAACGCUUUAAUUUUUCCCCCAGCAUAAAAUAUUUACAACGCACUCGACAUCCAAGUUUUAACUGCAAAUAUUUAACCUUGCCGUAGAAAAUAAAUGCAUCAACGUAGAUGGGUUCAAACAUGUCCCUUCUGCACAAACGAUACGAGUGUCAUAUGAAACGAUCAUACGAUAUUUCGUGUGAUCAUUUCUUUACAACGUAAAAAACGUCUCUUUACAUUAAACCGACCAUUGUUGAAUCAACACAAAAAUUUCUUUUCCAAAGGCUUGAGGAGCACGAAGUGCCUCUUAGCUAUCACUGAGCUUCCAUAGUAUAUUCUUUUUAUGACUAAUGGCUGGGUCUUUUAAAUUUCCCAAGGAUUAUCAGCGAAGGUUCCUUUAUAGAAUGAGUUUGGAUCGUUGGAGCAGCAUGCAAGAAUUGCAACAUCAGGAAGGCGACUUUCAAGAUUCGCCAGCUCCGCAUACAGUGAAAGACCAGGAAUGGCUCAUUCAAGAUUUAAAGAAAGAGAAUUUCGAUUUAAAGUUGCGGCUUUUCAUGGAACAAAAGGAACGCGAGAAACUUCUCAAUGGAAACAGCCGAGAGACAGACGACUUGGAAGCGGACCUCACCGAAGCCUUAGACGAACUCGAACACGCCAUGGACAAAGAAAACCAACUCACUCAUGAACUAAACGCGGCGAGAAGGCGCGAGAAAAGUCUGACCACGAAACUAAAAAGACUUGAGCGCGUUUGCCAGCACCAAGAGGAAGACAUAAUACGCAUGAGCGUCGAAUUGGAAAAUUUGAAAAUGGAAUUGCAAUCAAAGGAUAGUGGAAUUCUUAGUCCCAAUGCCACAAGAACGCGACCACAGCAAAGUCGUUCGGGAAGAUUGAGUCCGACAUCUGACUACACAGAUCGCUACUCGGAUCGGAUGUCCGCUGGUUACCAAGACCGCAUGUGGGAACGCUACUCCGACCGGAAUUCAGACCGAGGUUCAGACAGCGGAUCCUACGUCACGACACCUCAAGACCGCAAAACGUUCUUUGGUGAUCGCUUUCCCGACGACAUGUCGACAAGUGACGAGUCAGAAACGAAGAAUCGUACCCGACCCACGGUUAUUUCCGACGAAGAACGAAUGAGGAGGAGAAAAAUUAUUGUCACGAAGAGUGAGAACGCACCAGGAAUCUGACGACAACGGGAUAGAUAAAGUUCGCACUGAUGGACGAGAGAUCUCAAUGGAUCGCGUGGGUGAUGCAAACGUCGCUCCAAAGCAUGAAAAUGACGAAAUGGGCGAGCCACACGAACGCGCCGUGGAUGUAGACCCUGCUAUGCUGAAGAGCACACCUGAUACACUAAGCCCUCAGAAAAAAGGUGUUUUUUCUAAGCCACGCUGGUUUCAGAAGAAACCCAAAGGUAAUAAACAAACUAGCAAGAGUAUGGACGAGCUCAACGCUAUUGGCCGCGUAGAUAUGAAACACAUACACAAAAAGAACAAAAAAUAUAACUUCUGGGGAUGCGUACGCGCGAGAGAAUCUAUCAACGAGAACAUUAGAUCCGAAUAUGCGCCAGUAAAGAGACCGCAGGUCAAAAGUACCGCAAGCGUAGAAAACAAUAACGCUGUUGUCGCGAACGGGAAGAAUAAUUCAUCUUCAGUUGAUUUUAUAUAAAGCAUGUCUGAAUGAUUUUGAUUCGGCUUUACCUUUGAAUUGUGUGAUGUUUCCAUAGCCUUUACUAAAGAAAACUAAUAAUUUCAAAGGCAUACAAAUGACGGCGUAUCUGCCUUGGUGUUUCUUUUUUCAAUAGUAAAAUAAUCGCCCUUAUGAAGUCUUUGUAUUAGUAAAUUUGGACUUGCUAGAGGUCAGACUUCAGCUGGUCGUAAAAUUGUUUUGAUCAAAUUGAAUUUUAACAGUUAACUUCUUUCGAAAUGCGUGCAGUCUUGCUGUAAAUCAGCGUUUCUACGCAUGCUUUCUACUGCAAAAUGCAAACUUGAGUUGAAGUUAUGGACGUAAGAAAUGGAUUCGAAUAAAAUUCUUCUGUACAAAUCCACCGUAAGCCGAUUACAUUUUAGGACUUUUUAAAAUUAUGGAAUACGUUGAUCUGCUCAUUCAAAUGAAGCCUUUCCCAUAUAUGUGCUGUGAUAAUCAAAGGCAGAAGUGAUGACGAUUUAAUGAUUCAACAAUAUUUAAUGUAUAUAUUUGCAAUUGCUCCAACGAAUUACGUAUACUAAUAUUUACCAUCCUUCAAACGAAUCUGACAAAAUUAUGAUAAUUAUUUAUUUGUGUAACUACGAACACAUUGGGGGGGAGGGAAAAUAAUUUGUACAGAUUCUGAAAAUAUAUGAUUAAAACCUCUAUUUACAAAAA